CCUCUUUUCCCUUUAUCCCCGCCCACCUUGGCACGGACUGUUUGCAUGUAAAAAAAAAGAAAAAAACAGACAAAAGUCACGCAAAACUCAAUUAUGUCAAGAAAACAAUACACAAAACGGUCGACAUUACAAUAGAAAUUGGAAGAAGGGUGUUUGAAAAAAGAAUAGUUGCGCGAUUGGAAAGGGGCAUAUGUGUCAAUUGUAACAGUAGAUGGACUGGUUCCUGAGCUGAAGAAACUGGGAGAAAAGUUUGGCAAAAAGUUUGAGGCUUUUUUUCUCUGUGCAUGGAUGGAAGGCUAACACUAACAAAUGCAGGGGAAAGUCCAGCAGAGGUCAGAAUGCUGUGCUUGCUUGCUUGCAUGGAUUGUUGUUUAAUUAUCUCUAUUCUACGGUAAGCACUUUUUUUUUUGUUUGGAAGUGUAUGAAGAAAACAGAAGAUGGGGGAUUAAAGCUAACGCUUUAUGGAUUACAAUGAAAGAAAAGACUGGAUCAAUUAAAUAAAAUAAAAAAAUUGGGAAAAACGCCGAUAAAAGGACAUACAAUGGCGGGAGUGGAGCCGGAGAAAAAGGUGACUGUGUAUCGAAGCGUUUCUUUCAAAAAACUGGAAAGCUGGAGCGCAAAUAAAACGAGUCUGACUUCAGAGAAUCAACAACACAAAUCAGAAGUUUUACCAAGCUGCGCCCAUCCCCCUACAGCAACAGCAGCAGAAAAAGUGCAGCCCUUGGCUACGCGUUCUGUUAGUGUGUCAAGAAAAGUUUCCAAAAUCUCCGCCGCUAGCAUUUCAACCACAGGUUUUAAGAAAAGCACUCCUCAUUGCAUUUCGCCUUCAGUACGCCAGCUUUCUGAGCGCUUUACUGGUAUAGGAAGAGAAAGGACGGGCACAUUAGCUGCUACCAGCAUUAGUACGACAGUUGCUGGGGUCCCGAAAUACACAAUUCAGCAAAGAAAUACAUCUUGUAAUGAGGGACUACCUUCACAGAAGCAGCAGGAGGGGAAAGCAGCUUUGCCGGUCUCUGGUGAAGAUUUAUUAGAGACUCCUGUGUGCAAAGCUCAGGAACAACAGCAUUCCAUUUGUGAUUCCAUUACAACCCCGGGGAUUGAACAAGUUCAAAGUGAGAUUGCUGCUACAAGAACUGCAGCUUUAACCACCGCAGACGCAGGUAAGAAAGACUCUUUGCAAACUACUUUCAUUGGGGCUGUAAACACAGAAGACGAUGUUUUUGUUGCUGGGACUCCUGGUUGCAAGCCGCAAGCAAACACUACUUCAACAGCAGACUGUACCUGUGCUGAAAUGACAUACUGGCCAAGUGUUACAAAAAUGCGCAAAUUGUUUGGAGACGGCCAUAGGAAACAGCACAGGUCUACUUCAGACGCUGAUGAUCUGAAGUCUGUGAGUCAGCAAGCUGCUAUUUUAAAAGAGAGUGGGCUUACAGAUAUAAAAGAGACACCACCAAAACAUUGGCAGGCAGCUGACCAUGAUAGUAGCUUGUGCUGCAUGGAUACAAAACAAACAUUUUUAAGUAGUAAGGAGGCAAGACAUUUGGAGGUGGACACCGCUACCAUCCCCCUUUACAAUGCAGUUCACCGCAGCAGCAGCCAGCAGGCACCUGAAGGAUACAGAACUAGGAGUCCUGACAUGAAUGUAGAUAAUUGGACUGGAAAGUUAAACAGUGACCCAAAGCCCCCUCCCCCAACACCACCGCCCAGGAGCAGCUCUGUUCCGUUUUCCCUGAAAAUGCACUCGCUUUCCUUUGGUCUGCAACACAAACAAGAGGCAAGACAGCAAUCGGAUAGUUUACAUUCUUUGCAUAGCUCUUCCAAACCACCCCCUGCCCCCUCUGUUCCUGCCAGCAGUAAAGUUAGCUCCAGUGAGGAGGAGGAUUCCUACAGCAAAGGCAGCUUCCCGUUUCUGUACGGUAGUGUUAACAAGAAUGGCUCCCGGGCCAGGUCCCUCGGGAGGUCUUCUGGCAGCGAGGAGGACAGCUCACUGCCAGUAGCCCACAACAGGGACAACAUUAGGCGGAGAUCCCUCAGGAAAAAGAAGAAGAAUGUGUUGGGGAGCAGAGAUAACGGGGAGUCUGAUGAUAGCGAUGAUGGACCAGUGAUGGAGCCCUUAGAGAGACGCCAGCGCCCCUAUGACUUGGACUAUUUGCCAUGCAAAGAUAGUGAGGGAUCCAGAUCCAGGUACAAUGCCACUGUGGGGGCAGACCAUGCCACUUCUUUUACCUCACCUCCUUGGGACCACAGACCUUGCCCCUCCCUGGAAAGCAGUUACCCCUCCCAACGUUCUGGAGAUGCUGAGAGCUAUAAAAGGCAUCACAGGGUUGUGUCAGAAGGUGGGAUCAGCCCUGCAGGUUCUUUCCAUGGAUCUUCAAGGGGCUCACCCAUCCCAGGGGUCUCCCGCAUUGCCAAAGUCAGUAUUCCUUCAUUUUUGGACAGCCCAUGUGGUUCUAGAAGCAGCAGCAGGCAUUCUAGCACAGAGACGCUUAAAGAAGAAGACCAGCCUACCACCUGCUCCGCUGUAACUACUUCUAAAAGCUUCCAUGGCAAUUUUACCUUGUACCGCUCUCCCAGCUUCAGCCACUGUGACAAUAUUUCCAGACCCCAUGGGCGAGUUCGUCCGAAUCUGCCGUUUGGUAAUGUUCAAGUCAAACCUGACUGUUCAGCAGAAAGCAGAAGCCACCACCGUCACGCACUUGUAAGUGACAAGUCGAAGCACAGGAUGUCCAUGUCGAAUCCUGACAUUGCAUCAGAGACAAUGACAUUGCUUAGUUUCCUCAAAACCGACCUGUCAGAGCUGAGAGUGCGAAAAAAAGGCAGAGGUGUUGACGCAAGUGGUGGCAACCAUCGAGACAGUUAUCAGAACAUGUUAGCUCAUUCACCAGCGUAUAGAACCAGGGGGACCCCAAAGAGCUCUUAUCACCUGUCCCCUCACGGUCGCCCGUCUCUUAAAGACCUGACAGCCACACUAAGGCGGGCCAAGUCGUUUACUUAUUCUGAAAAGCCAGUGGGGAGACCAGAUGGGGGAACAGUGAAGCCGAGCUCCUCUGAGCUGAUGCUGUCCAGCAUGGGGGACAGUGAUGCUGCCGUAUCAGACAGGGAAGUGGAGAGUGAUGUGGGUCAAAGAGAUGAUGACACGCUGACCUACCAAACACAGGACCAGUAUAUCCAAGAAGCCAGGCAAGUGUUCAAAGAUAUUAGCCAGAUGGGGACUCGGGAGGAGUAUAGCUAUGGAAUGGAUUACAUGGAAGGUGAAUGUUUCAGAGGGAUGGAGGAAGCUGACGGACAGCCGCAGGAGGAGAUUGGUGCAGCAUUUUUGGUGGAAAAAAGAGAAAGUGAGAAAUGCUUAAGGAAAGGGGAAUCUGAAGAAAACUUGUCCUGUGGGAAAUCGGUAGAUGAGCUGUCUGGCCACGAGUCAAGUUUGACAGAUGAAGGAAUCGUGACUGAGCCCGAGACGGGUCCGUGUGGCAGUGCUUUGGGCAAGGACAUUUUGGGGCAGCCGUUGACAGUGUGGAAACAGCCCAGCAGUGCCCUUCAAAGAGAGGACCAGGCUGAUCUACAACCUGGAGGAAGCCCCCCUCCAUCCGUGCCAGCAGUCAGGACAGACAAUGAGAACAUGGCAAUAGGAGGGGAGACAACUUACAGCAAAAAUGCGAGCCAAGGGCCACUGGAAGCACCUUCAACCCCAAGUGCAAUUCGUAGAAGAAGGACAUUUUCAUCUGCAGGCAACAAUGGCUCAGAUUCCAGUAAUGGAAGCAACGGGGAAUCAAGUGGGGAAACUUUCAGGUCCCUUAGCGACCCCAUGCCACACAGGAGGUGCUUAAUCUCAGAAGAUAACAAGAACUUUUCAGUGGACAGCAACUUAUUGGGUUCUCUGAACUCCAAGAAUGGAAUCCCUGAAUUUUCUGCAACUGAUUUGUCUGAGUGCACAGGGAGUGCAGCCAGCGACCUGUCUGUUUGUAGCGAUGGGCUGAAGGAUUACAAUACAGUAAUUCAGAGCAUCGUUAGCGAGCCAGGGGCCAUGGAUAAGCUGAUUGAUGACAAGGGCAAUGGGAAGGUGGUCAAGAAGAAAUCUUUCAGCGAUCCCAGUCGCCGCGGGGAGUCGGACACUCCUGGAUUUAAAGGCCCAAGCGAGCCCAUCAACGAAAUGGAGCAAGCCAUUCUGCCAUCCAGCAGUGAACCCAUUCUCUCAGAACAGCGGGACGAGGUGGGAGAGCUGGAGGAGCUUGGCAGACAAGACAGGAAACCUUGCUCCCAAUCUGAACAUGUGCUGCCCUCGUACCUGGAACAGGAUGCACUGGAAGGGGCCCCUGGAUUUGCUUUCGACCCAAAGCUGGCCGAAGUCCUGUCACCCCGCAUGAUGAGACGCAGCUACAAGAAGCGCAACAACCGCUCCACGCAUCAGGAGGGCAAAGAGCAGCAGCAGCAGCAAUCAACUGAAACUGGGCACCAUCAACCCGUCAAGCCCAGGCCUGCAUCCAAGCAUGUGAGGCAUGCUAGUGAACCUGCCACCUUUAUCCCCAUCGUGACCCCCGAAUCCCACUUGUCUCAAAGCCAUCCAAUUCACAUAACUGCCCCUGAACCUUCUAGGCAACCCCAGAAACCACUCCACAUCGUCCAGGCUCCAUCUUUGGAGGACGUUACCAAACAGUACAUGUUGGCGCUGAAUUCUGGCGACUCGCCUCUGCCUGCUGCCACGGAUGCAUCAAGGUCUACACCUGUCACUCCAACUACAGCAGAGCCUAAGUUACUGCAGAAGCCCAGCGAAGAACUGAACCCCGCAGCCAGCAAAAGCAAGCCCCAAGUGGAUAUGAGAAAGCAUGUUAUGAUGACUCUGCUCGACACAGAACAGUCCUACGUGGAGUCGCUACGCACUUUAAUUCAGGGAUACAUGAGGCCUCUGAAGCAGCCAGAGAACUCGUUCAUAUGCGACCCCUCUCUGGUGGAUGAGAUGUUCUUCCAGAUCCCAGAGAUCCUGGAGCACCACGAGCAGUUCCUGGAGCAGGUCCUGGUGUGCGUCCAUGACUGGCAUGCCAAGCAGAAAGUGGGGGACCUGCUCACCGAGUCGUUUUCAAAGGAUAUACUUGUGAAUAUUUAUUCAGCGUACAUCGAUAACUUCCUGAAUGCCAAAGAUGCUGUGAGGAUAGCCAAGGAGGCCAAACCUGCGUUUCUGAAGUUUUUAGAGCAAUGCACAAGAGAGAACAAGGAGAAGCAAGCCCUCGCAGACUUAAUGAUCAAGCCAGUCCAGAGGAUUCCUCGCUACGAGCUUCUCGUCAAGGACCUUUUGAAGCACACUCCUGAGGACCACCCAGACCAUCCCUUCCUGUUGGACGCACAGAAGAAUAUCAAGCGACUGGCGGAGAGGAUCAACAAGGGGAGAAAGAACGCAGAGGAAGUCGAGAGGGAGACUCGAGUGCUGCAGGAGAUCGAGUCCCACGUUGAAGGGAUAGAGAAUCUUUUGAAUCCUCAAAGGAAGUUUCUAAGACAGGAGAUGGUUGUGGAAGUGAAGGCUGUAGGCGGUAAAAAGGACCGGUCGCUAUUCCUCUUCACUGACUUGCUGAUUUGUACAACGCUGAAGCGAAAGUCAGGAUCUCUUCGCCGCAGCUCUGUGAGCCUCUAUAAUGCUGCAAAUGUUAUAGACACAUCGAGCAAAUACAAGUCUCUCUGGAAACUGCCUUUAGAAGACGUGGAAAUAGUAAAAGGCACUUCCCAGGCGACGAACCGGGAGAACAUUCAGAAGACUAUAGGACGUCUAGAUGAGGAUCUCAGCACAUUGGGGCAGAUCAGCAAGCUGUCUGAGACACUCAGCUUCCCCCAUCAGAGCCUGGAUGAUGUCAUCAAGGACCUGAUGGCCGCAGUGCAUCGUGACCUGGCAGAGAAGCAGUCGCUCUCCUUCAGCAUGACCUUCCCGCCCACCAAAGUGGAGCUGACAACCGCCUCGCUCGAGGGGAGCUUCGUAUUUGAGUUCAGCGCACCGGACACGCGCAGCAACUUCGAGCAGGCCUUUGAGGAUGCUAAGAAGAAACUGGCAAUGAACAAAGAUCACUGGGACCCAGAGUUUCUGAAGGCUAUUCCCAUCAUGAAAACAAGAAGCGGAAUGCAGUUCUCCUGCGCGUCCCCCAGUCACAGCUGCCCUGAGAACACCUACGAGGUGUGGGUGUGUAACAGUGACGGCUACGUGGGUCAGGUCUGCCUCCUGAACAUCAAGAACGAGCCCACCGUGGAGGCCUGCAUCGCUGUGUGUUCAGCCCGCAUCAUCUGCAUUGCCGCCGUGCCGGGCCUCAAAGGCAGGGAGCGCGGGGAAUCCCUGCUGAGCCCCCCCUCCUCGGAGCCUAACCCCAACCCCCCCUCCUCGGAGCCACGGCUCCACAUCUCGAUCUCGGGGUCCUCCCUGGACCUGGCAGAGCCCCCCGACGGGGCGGGCCGGGAGCUGGUACCCUUCGAUAGUGACGACACGGAUGAUGAGUCCUCGCCAAGCCCCUCCUCCACACUGCAGAGUCAGGCCAGCCGCUCCACCAUCUCCUCCAGCUUUGGCAAUGAGGAAACAGCCAGCUCCAAGGAAAUUGCGGCAGAGACGACAAGCUCGGAGGAGGAGCAGGAGUUCCCGGCCAUCCCCAGCUCGUACGGUCAAUCGUGCCUUAACAACGAGAGCCCCAUGGACGGACGGGCAAUGAGACGGUCAAGCCGGGGAUCCUUCACCCGAGGCAGCCUGGAGGACCUUUUGAGCAUCGAUCCUGAGGCCUACCAGAGCUCAGUGUGGCUGGGCACCGAGGACGGCUGCAUCCAUGUGUAUCAGUCAUCUGACAACAUACGAAACAGGAAGAACAGUAUGAAGAUGCAGCACUCCGCAUCCGUGUUGUGUGUCUUGUACCUUGACAACAAGGUGUUUGUAUCUCUGGCAAACGGUGAAAUGAUUGUCUAUCAAAGGGAAGCAGGUGAGGAAACCAGGAGUGACCAGAGUCUGACUGGAGGCUGUCCCCGGCCAGGAAGUUUCUGGGAUCCCCAAAACUCCCAGACGCUGUGUCUGGGGACCCCUGGGAACCCAGUCACCAAGAUGGUGCCAGUGGCAGGGAAGCUGUGGUGCGGCUGUCAAAACCGGGUCCUCAUCAUUAACACAGCCACACUCUCACAGGAGCACAUGUUCCAGAUUGGGCAGGACAGUUCCCGUUGUGUGACGAGCAUGGUGAGCUAUGGCCUGGGUGUGUGGAUAGCCAUCCAGGGUAGCGCCCAGGUGAGACUCUACCACGCUGCCACCUACGAGACCCUCACUGAGGUGGACGUGGCCCCCGCUGUGCACAAAAUGCUGGCAGGUUCAGAUGCCAUAAUCCGUCAGCACAAAGCCGCUUGCUUACGCAUCACAGCACUCCUGGCCUGUAAAGACCUGCUGUGGAUUGGGACAAGUGCUGGUGUGGUGUUAACACUGUCCAUUCCACCCAUGUCCACCAACACCAGCUCCCAGCGCACCCCUCUGGUACCUAUGGGCUCCGCGCACGGACACACCGGCCACGUGCGCUUCCUCACCUCCAUUGAGCUGCCUGAGGACUUCGAUGAGGCCUUCCCACUGCCCAGAGAGCACGGUAAUUCCACCCUGGCUAGUGAGAGCCCUGCCGGGCUGCAGCAGCGAGACUCCACGAGGCGCAGGGCCUCCACCGUCAUCCAGUCCAAAUCCAACUUGCUGGUGAUCAGCGGGGGUGAUGGCUAUGAAGACUUCCGGCUCACCAGCAGCAGUGAGACUGUGGGGCGCGACGACAGCACAAACCAUCUCCUCCUGUGGAGGGUUUGAUCCUCGCCACCGUCCUCUAAUACUACUUGCUCACCAGCGACCCUGCGAAAAGUGCCAGUCGUUGUUACAUGCACCGCUGCUGACCAACGGCUGAUUGUCGUUGUCCCCCUGUGUGUGUGUGUCAGUUAUUUUUUAUUUUUUUGAGUUGUCGUUUACUCGGACGUCUUGUCUGUACAUGCAUGGGUGUUUUUGAACACUAAAAGGGUCGCUUCAAAGCGCUGUUUUAACGUUGUUUGGUGUAAGAAUUAAACCUCGCACAGCUCGCGUUGUGUCCGGCUGUGUCUUCAUGUUGCACCAUUUGAGCUUCACAGGCAGGAGGAGGACACUGAAGACAGAUGAUGAUUUAUGAUAAAUAAUUAAAUGGAGUCUCUCCGCUUAUUGUCUGAACUCUCCACUGGAAUCGAGGAGAAAAGAAAAAGAAAGUCGUGCAAUCGGUACAUUAGUGACAUUCACCAAACGUAUUUGGUCAGCCUUACGGUACUAGAAAUCACACAGCUACUGGGUGCAUUCUGGCCUGUUUGUUUGGGUCACGUUAUCACUACGUGGGUUUAUAAGUGGAAAAAGCUCUUAGUUCUGUGCUAUCUUAAAGUGUUGGUUCCAGGAUUGUGGAAGCAGACUUGAUGCACAAAGGAGAUUUGGUUUCUAACCAGAGAGUGGAUCGCAGGCUGUGAGAAGCACAUGAGUGGCAUGAAAGAAAGCAUGAAAAGCUGCAAUCACGCUUCGGAUUAUCAUUAUUAUUAUUUUUUUUUUUUUUUUUAACCUACACUCAUUUUUCUAGGGCUGCAUUGGCAAUACACAAUGAGCAUUUUAAUUUUGUGUUAACUACUGUUUCGUGCUUGGUUGUGUCAGAUUGUGACUUUUAUUUUCUCUUCGAAGGAAGACAUUUCUUUUUUUUAUUUGAUUUUUUUUAAACUGAAGAGAGCGUGCAAAAUUUAACAAAUGUGCAAUAUGUGGCCACGGUACCUGAAAAGUAACUUGUUAACAUGUUUAUUAUAAUUAUAUUUUUUUUAUUUUUUUUUUGCUACAUAACUACAUGCACUAAGAUUAGCUUGUGCCUCUCUUCAAACUUCAGAACCACAAUUUUCAUACUGCCACAUAAUCACUUUAUUUUAUUGGUGUGUGUGUGUGUGUUUUUAUUUGAUGUUUUUGUUAAAGGCCGCAGUACUAGACAAAGCUUAUCUUUCUGGUUUGUGGUGCUUUUAUUGGUCCUCUAUGUACAGUAUUUAUGUUUCAUUUUAUACUAGUUAUCUUUUACAGCACUUAAUUUAUGCAUUUAUCUUUCCCUUAGCGCUAGACAUUGGGACACAGAUGAGGAAACAGGUGCCUGGUUAGAUUUUUUUCAGAGCAGCUUGCAGCUGUAGUAACUGCCUGCACCACCACAUGUAAAAUCUCUUCAGUUCCAUUGCGAACACUGUUCCAUUACAUACAAACGAUGGAAAUGAGGAUAUGUGAACCACGCAAAAUCACAACUGUUGGUUAAAUAUACAGUCUAAACUCUAUGAUAGAGUUUAUCUCGCAAAGGAUACUUUAGCUAUUUAGCAAAACAGUCUAAAAUGAGUACAGGGUGGGUAUAAUGGUACUUGGCUGCUGCUAAAGAAAAACAUUCCCAAUUGAAGGAUUCUAUCGACAAGAGAUUUUUUACCACAAAAGCUGUGGCCAUGUGGCUUUAUUAUGUGUUUAAUCAGUUCAUUUCCCUGAAAUUCAAAUGACUGUCAAGGAUCUUAAAGGGGGUGCUGACCGAGGUUUUAAAAUCCAUUUUAUUAGCACAGGCAGUGUUAUCACUAGCCCCCGUUUUGGUUGUUUGCAUGUUUUGUAUUCCACAAUUAGGGAAAUGCCGAUAUUUCAAAGACAAGGCUGCAGAUAGAAAGUUCCUGCUGCUCACAUAAACUCACUCCAGUGGUCUAGCUGCAGCCAUGACCUACCGCCAAAGUACCAGGAUACACUAGUUUAUCUUUAGCAUUGGAUUUUCAUAUCCUGAAGUAACGUUAAAAUAAUAAUAAUAAAAUAAAACAGAAAAAGUGAAGAACCGAAAUAUUCUCUGGACAAUUAAAGGCGUGUGUAAUAAAGUUAAUGUAGCUAACAGGAAGUACAGAUAUGGAUUUUAAACCAUUGGUUAGCACUUCUUGAAAGGGAAUAUCAAAUCUAGAUUUUCUGCACAUGUCUAUGUGCUUUAUCAACACAGCCUCUUAAAAAAGACUUGCAGGUGGUAAAAAGGGGGGAAACAAUCUACUUCUGUUUGCAAAAUAUCUUCCCUAUGGACAUUUUCUUUUUUUUUUUUUUUUUAACUUAGCUGUAUGGUCACUAGUAGUUUGUCUUCCACCCUCAAAGGGCUAGAUGGCUGUUUUACUUUUCUGCUGCCCUUUGUCAAAAGACUAAUGGAUCUCAAUUUUACAGUAGAAAGCUGCUUGGCAAAUUGUCUUUAAGCGAGAAAACACAACAGGAAACCAGAAAUUAAGGGAGUAAUAGUUGUGGAUCCACUGUGCAUGGUAUGUUACAUGGUUAUCUUAUGUUAAAACAGCUUUAAAAAAACAGCAUAUUUUUCUGUGAAAUACUUUACCCCAUUUCAGAAUUAAAUCAUUCUGAAUCUUGUACAGAUUUCAAAUUAGAGAUGUUUUCACAUUGGUUUAAAUUAAGAAAUUGUUUUCCUGCCCUAAUGCAAUGAGUUCACUUCCUGUUUUACCUGUAAUAGGACCUAACCUGCUGCCCAUUAGAGGUCAGAUGGGAUUAUAUUUCCUGUAACACAGGAAGCAGAUGUAUAGCACUGUGGAAGAUUAAACAUGCCUCUUUGUAUGCUGGUAGAAAUUGGUGAUUUUGAAGGACAGUAAAAAUCACAGAGGAAGCGAUGAGCAGAAAAUGUGGCUUUGAUUUGAUUUUUCAGAGAAGCAUUGUAAUUAAGUAACAAUAACAAGUGAUUUAAGCCACAAGUACCCUUUUUUGCCCAUCUACUGGUAAAACACUUACACGGUUAAAACAAAGAGCUCCACAAUGAUCAGGAGAGUAGUUAAUUUGAUAGCUGCCUGCCGGCUGACGCUCCUAUGAUAGCAGUAAGUAACAGUGCUUCUACAACCAAAAUUACAUGUGUGUGUGUGUUGUGGCGAAUAAUAAGAACAAAUUAAGUGAGAUAAUGUGUUUCCAAAGUGCAUGGAAACUAUAUAUCUUCAGUUCACACUCCACACCCAUUCUGCACUCGGUACUGUAUGAGAGGUAAUGUGCAUUGCAUUUUAAAGCAGCCUGGUGUUAAACAUCUUGUGACUUCAUUUUAAAGGGUUUUACAUCAUUGAAAAGAAGAGGACGGUGUUUGUAGGGUGACGAGGAAGAAGGGGGUUAAUUUGGAGGGGGGGGGGGAGGAGAAAUAAAAAUGCAGUGCUAAUUAUUUACCACACGAAAAACAAACACAGCUCUUCAAAUCUGAAUAUCAUGCAGAUGGUUAAUUGUUAAUGUUUGCAGAACGCGUGUAGCACUGUCUUUGUAAGUAGCCAUUCCGCCUGUCUGUGUGUGAAAGAAGCCACCUUUGUGUAUUGUAAAUAUUGGUAUAUAUGACCUUUUCUGUACAUACUGUUCCCAAUCUUCAAUUGUUGAUAUGAAUCUAAUGGCAUAUUUUUAUAUACUUGUUUAAGUUUUCUUAGGUACACCUAUUGUGCCAUUGCAUUUAAAUUAUAACUACUACAGUAUUUUAAAGAAGAAAAAAAAAACUUUUAUGCUGAAAUAUUACAAGUCAUAUUACAAAUUCAUGGUUAUCACGUAUUCCUGUUAUGUUUUUGUCACUGUGGGUUCUUUGUAAUUAAAAAAAGUUCACUGGUGCCAGA